CUCAUAUUCUGUGCAGCUCCGAUAUUAAUCUUGUCAGAAAGGACAAAUCGCACCUUCGCGUUACGUCGACGACAUGCCAUUUGUCUCGGCCAAAACGGCGGUACUAGCGGCACCACAAUUACAAGGACCCGACGUCGACACAGUGAUAAGCGCACGUCAAAAAGAGAUAGAGCUGCAGGAAGCGGAGCUGGAGCGGAAGGAGAGCGACCUGCGGCUGUCGUGCGCGAGUUUGGCGCCAUCCGUGCAAGAGGCGCGCUGGGCGUGCAUGCGGGAGGAGCGGCAUGCCUUAGCACAGAAGUGGGCGUGUCUGGCGCAGGACAAGCGACUACGUGCGGACCGAGAGCAGAUGAUGCUUUCAGCUGCCAUGAUGGGCGCUCCGCUGGCUCAGGCCGCCAGUCGUGACGGCGCCGGCUUGCGUGACGGCCCGUCAUUGCCCUGGGGCCUGCCGCCGCUGCAGCACACCUACUGUGCUCUGUGGAGUGUGCAGCAGAUCCAGUGGCUGGCGGUGGCGCAGCAGCAGCAGCAGGCCGACAUGCCGGCCAUGUCCUGUUGCUUUCAGAGGUAGAGGAAAAGACGCAUGGUUGCCAGAUGUAGUGUUGGUCGUGUGGUGGUGGUGGGUUGGUGGUGGUGGGUUACGGGGCUGAUGCACAGGAUGAGAGCGAGCAGCAGUGGAGCAGCGGCAUGCGGAUGGAAAAGGUGGUAUGUGCGGAUAAAGAGCGAGGCUCUGUGUACUUGUGUGAAAGUGCAGGGUUAAGGAUGCUAAUUUAUGGUAUAGAUAGCUGGGGAAUUGUGAAGGAUGCUAAUUCAUGGUACAGCUGGGAAAUUGUGAAGGUAUUUUGCAGUGCCGUAAGUGGGCACCUGCAAGGCCUGCCUCUGCUCAUCCGUAAACCCAGUCAGCAGGUAACCUAACAGGGGGCCGGGACGCCGGGGGAGGCUGGGAAGCCUUGCUAAGCCUGCCCAGUGUGUCGUCCUGGCUGGGCAUAACACCCCUGCCGGAUGGGGGCCCUGGGGUGGGCUGGCAGCUGUGCCGUGCACAACGUGUAAACAAUGGUGUAGUAUGUGUAAAGCCGUGGUGGUUCUCAAGCAUGUGAAACCUGUUGAGCCGUGGGGACUGUGGGAAGGCCUUGGCAGCAGGCCCGUGGCGAAGCAUUCUUUGGCAUCGUGUUUGCCUAGUGCGUGUGCGUCAGGUGCUACCGUACCAGGGGCCCCGGGUCAUCGUGGUUCCCUCACUAGUGCUGCCGGAUGCUAUGGCUGGUUUGAGGAGCGGUGGAACACAGCGCGAGGCGGGCUGCGGUCGUCCGGUGUUGGGAGUCACGGACAUGUGCAGCACGCAGGCAUGGACCAACGCCCGCCUGACGU